AUGCGAGACCUAUCCUCCUCCACAUCGUUAGGAUCGCUGCCCCAAAUCGAGGUGAAACCUCAAAAGGCCUGCGUCCUCUGUCGCCGGUCCAAAGUCAAGUGCAUUCACGACGGUGCGCCUCCAUGCAAGCGCUGCAAGGACACGCAGCAAGAAGCACAGUGCAAGUUUCGUCUCCGCGCCGACGAUGAAACAUGGCGCGAGCGCACCGACGAUGUCUUGAGCCGGCUUGGCGAGAGUGUGGAUUGGCUCGUGGAACAGCAACGGCGUCAGCAGCAGCAGCAGCAACAGCAACGGCCACCACCUCUAUCACCACAACAACAUCAACAGCAGUAUCAGCACCAGUACCCCGACUAUGGCCGAUCUGAUGUAGCAACAACCAGCAGCUCUCCCAUGUCUGCCCCUUCACCACGGAAACCGCAACGAGCGAGUCACUACCACGUACCGCCGCAACUGGGCAGAGCACCUAUCGAAGAUAUCUGGAGCGCACCUUCGACACAUUCGAACUUGUCGAGUGACCGUGGACAAAAUCGAUCAGAUCUUGCGCACUCACACAACGGCUCAAGCUCGAGCUCUCAGGCUCGGCCCUCGUCCACCACCUAUCUCGGCUUCGAUGGCGCAGGAGGCCUUCUCAGUCCAGGUGAUUCGCAUCCACGAUCUGUCUCCUCGCCUUCGUAUCAAUCCUCAGUCACGCAAAAGAAUUACCGCCCGCCGACCACAACUCAGGCAACACGGUCGUACUACAGUCAUCACUCGCUCCCUUCGUUCUCUGCGUUGCAGACUCUUCAGCCUCCCGUCACAGACUCCUCUGCCAUGUCGAAUAGCAUAUCUGCGCCGCAUCUUGCUUCUUCUCAACAUAUCUCGCCCUCCGGAUCGUCCACUGUCUCUCAUGAGCAUUCGUCGCCUAGACGGCAAGCUCAGCAUGAUUAUGGCAUCGAACCCGGUCAGAGUCGGCCUUCCUCAAUCCUACACGCCCUGCAGCAACCAGUCAGUCACCAAGCGAGUCAAACCAGGCUGCAGACGGGAUCCAUGACAGCGACAUCUAGCUCACCCUACGCGAGGCCUUCCCACUUUAUCGGACGCAACGAUCCGCGCCUCACCGUGUUAUCGAUGGGCCUCGUUUCGAUGGACCAAGCACGUCAUCUUUUCAAGUUCUUUGCGCGCUUUCUGCAACCGCACUGCUUUGGAUUCCCAGCCUAUCCAGCAAACGAGCACAUGACACCGUUGAUCAUCGCUUGCAUCCUCAUGGUCUCGUCCAUGCACGAGCCCAACUCGAGGCAACAUUUUGAGCGCUUUCGUCACGAAGCCUUCUCGUCCCCCCUACUCCUGGAUCAGCACAUCGAUCCACACGCACCGCUGGAUCCUGAACUUGGCAUCGGCGUCGAAGAGAUUACCGGGGCUUGCAUCGCUGCUUGCUGGCUCGGUGGACAGACGGCGCUAUCCAUCGCACGCCUGGCUCGAUACUGGGCCAUAGGAUACCUCGAACACUUUGAAGUGCGGUCGGCACAGACUCUAGGCGAGUGGAUGACGAUCCUACCUCCGUUUCGUCAGAUCGAUCUGGUGGGAAAGCUUCGCAUCUGGCUCAUGUCGUACAUCACCGAAGCGCAACAGGCCAUCAUCAACGACCAAGCGAGCUUGUUUCCACAGAGCGACCCGGCGCACUACUGUCAAGGGCUCUUGAACGCCAGCCGUCACGGUUCAGAGUUGGCCGAAUCAGCCGCCCACGAAAAUGGAGGAAGUAAGGGGUCGGAUCUUCCCGCCAACGUUGACGGUACACCCAGAUCCACUCAUUCGCAGUCGUCCGCCGUGCCUGCCCCUCCCAGCGAUGGAGCCGGUGGGAUCGGCUCCUUCUCGUCGGAUCGUCAACUCGUCGCACAUGCUCGGAUGAUGUCCAUCCUUCUAGCAGCGCAGGAUUUUCGCCGCGCAGCGCGUAUCGCAGCUCCAUCAACAGACUCUCAGCCUGAGCAGAGGGUCAGGAAUUUUCAGCCAUCCCAUAUGGUAGAGCGAUGGCGGGACUGGCUGGAAGAGCUCAACAGAUGGCGUCUGCUCACCUCGCAGCAUUCAGACUUGUCAGACAGCUCGCUCGAGUCGAUCGAUCUUUCCCUGCUCUACCAUUUAUCGCGUGCGUUUCUCGCUUCUCAUCCACUGGAUCCCGAGCUUGGCAUACUCGACGAGACGCAACACGCGCUCAGGGCUGCUUCGAACGCCGAUCCUCCCGACUUUUCCCGGCUUGCCGUUGCGCAGCUUCGCACCAUCUCCACGGCCAAGCACUCGGCGCUUUUUGCACUCAAGCUCGCCACCACGGACUUUGGCGAAAAGCUCUCGUAUCUUCCGCAGUUCUAUCAUUGGCUGCUGGGUCAUGCGGCUGGACUGCUCUUGCUACUGGUACAACGCAAGGAGAUCUUUCUCAUGGCCAAGGAGGCAGAGUCGCUGCUCGAGGUCACGGAGAAAUUUGUGCAGCUUUACGUGUUCCGCAUCACCAGCCACUCCUUCCAUUCGGUUGCGGGAACCUUUGCGGCGGGAACAAGCACGUCCCGGAUAGAGCGAUCAGGGAUCAAGCGGUCCGCUUCGGAUGCGGAUCUUCGCGGCGACCACGAGGACGACGAGCGUCGAAAGCCGCAAGGUGGGCAGGGAGGCGAUGGCAGCAGCGAUCCGCUUGAUUUCCAGUGGCCAUUCAUGUCUGGCUUUCCUACCACAGCGCAGAACGGUCCUGCAUCGACGUCGAACGCAGCUGCAGGGAACGGCACGCAGAGCCAUCCGAGUUCCAGCGGCGUAAGUUCGACACCUCCCAAUCCGAUGGCGCAGCAGCAUGUCAACCACGGCAACCCAGCCGAGAAGCAUCCUGCUCUGGCCAACGCGCAGUCUCUGGCUCGGGCGCUGUAUUUUGUCAAGAUGCAGGUGCAGUCGAUGAACGUGCGAUUGUGA